AUGGAAUUCAGUUCUAGGGAGGCAGUAAUUAAGGCGAUGAAAGAUUAUACAAUCCGCAGAGGUGUAGAUUAUCGGGUGCAUGAGUCAGAACCCACGACAUUUUAUGCUAAAUGCACCCAGUAUGACGCAGGAUGUGAUUGGCUGAUCAGGGUGAGCAAGAUGUCCAGAAAGUUCUGUUGGGAGAUAAGGAGGUACAAUGGUAGUCACACCUGUACUAGGGCCACCAUUUCUCAAGAUCAUUCGAAACUGGAUUCCAACACAGUUGCAGAAGCAAUAAAGCCAUUGGUAGAGGUUGACCCGUCUAUUAGGGUGAAAUCAGUGAUUGCGGAAGUACAGUCAAAGUUUAACUACACCAUUAGUUAUCGCAAAGCAUGGUUGGCAAAGCAAAAGGCAGUGGAGUCAAUUUUCGGAGGAUGGGAAGCUUCGUACGAAGCCUUGCCGAUAUGGUUUGAGGCUAUGUGUCACAAGGAGCCAUCCGUAGUUGUUCAUUUCCAAACAAUGCCUGCGUAUCAGGGAGAUGACUUGGUUCCUAAUAUUCGUGUACUUCACCGAGUCUUCUCGAGUUAUUACCCUUGUAUUAGAGCCUUCAGACAUUGCAAGCCAAUAGUGCAGGUAGACGGAACUCAUUUGUAUGGAAAAUACAAGGGUUGUUUGUUGGUUGCAGUAUCACAGGAUGGCAACAACAAUAUCGUGCUGAUUGCAUUUGCGAUAGUUGAGGGAGAGACAUCUGAUGCCUGGCACUUUUUCCUGAGUAACUUGCGACAGCAUGUUGUGAGAUGUGAUGGGGUGGGCCUUAUUUCCGAUCGGCACGAUUCCAUUAGGUCUGCUGUUGAUCGUAGUGACGGAGCUUGGUCUCCUCCCAGAGCAUUCCAUAUGUUCUGCAUCAGACAUAUAGAGUCCAACUUUCUGAGAAAAUUCAAGGCUCCGUAUUUGCAGAAGCUUAUCGUCAACAUAGGUUACUCGCGAACAAUUCGCGAGUACGAGACGCGUUAUCAGCGUUUGCGUGAGCGGGGUGAGGCUUAUACCAACUGGUUGGAUCGCAUACCGCAUGAGCAGUAUGCUUUAGCAUUUGAUGGGGGAUAUCAAUGGGGUCAUAUGACAACCAAUCUUGUGGAAUGCAUCAACUCCGUACUGAAAGGGGCUCGCAAUCUUCCAGUCAGUGCACUUGUGAAGGCAACGUUUUACAGGCUUAAUGAAUUAUUCACCCGGAAAAGAGCCGAGGCUGAGGCUAGAAUUAAUGCAGGACAUGUGUUCUCUGAGCUUGUAACCUCCAAACUGCAAGCAAAUCAGCGGGCAGCUGGUAACAUUCAAGUUAGUUGCUUUGACCGACAAAAUGAGGUAUUCGAAGUGCGUGAGUGUCCUAGUGGUGUGGAGUAUGCAGUGGAUCUCCGUCAACAAAGGUGUGACUGUGGUGAGUUCCAAGUUGACCGACUUCCGUGUCGACAUGUGUUUGCUUGUUGUGCAAACCAACGUCUGAAUUGGCAACUGUAUGUACAUGAUGUUUACAAGAUGGACCAGGUUCGACGAGUAUACAGGGUUAGGUUUAAGCCACUUGGGAAUCCAACAACAUGGCCUGUUUAUCAUGGACCUCGAUUCGUUGGUAAUCCAUUCCUUAGACGGGUAUCCAAAGGUCGGCCAAGGAUGACUCGUUUCUUGAAUGAGAUGGACACUCGGAUGUUGCGUCGUCCUAGGAGAUGUAAGCAAUGCGGGGCCGAGGGCCACAGCCGUAGUAGAUGUCGUCAAGGUGGUGGUGAAAAUAAUCCGGGUGCGAAUUAG